AACAAACAUGAACAAAUCCGAACGCGUCGCAAUUGAUGUCGCUGAUGUUACCAAGAAAACCAGUACCAUCCUCCUUCUGCGGUGACGGAGAUCGGUAUCGUCGCUCCGGAGUCGGAUCAGCUCAGUGAAUCUUGGAUCUCGGCACCGGUAUUAUUGCAGUGGAGAAUACAAGGUCACCUUGAUCUUCUGAUGACUUGGAACUCAUAAGGCCAGAUAAUGCUUAAAACUAGGUGAUAAGUAAUGGCAACAGAAGUUGACCAAGCUUGUUAUGGUUGGUCACAUCAAGAAUUGUCUGAUCAUGAUGCAUAUCAGGAAGUACCUGUUUCUCAAGUGCUAGACCAUGGCUCAGUAUCAUUUGGAAGAUUUGCAGUUGAGACCCUUUCAUGGGAGAAAAAGUCUAUUUUUACUCGCAAUAGACGUCAAGAAGAGCUGGAGAAGUACCGUACACAUGGUUUAGUUGCUCAAAAAAAGGCCUACUUCGAAGAGUAUUUCAAAAGAAUUCGAGCUGUAAAGUCUAUGCAAGAGAACCAGCAAUCUGAGAUUACAGAGGAUUAUGGAGAUGAUGCCAGUAUUUCUAGCCAAUCUGGUGAAGAAAACAAAACAACUGCAGAGCUCAAAUAUCAUGGAGAUCAAGCAGCGAAUGUUGGCAAUGAUCAGCCAGAAGACGGUCCAAUUGGAGUUGGUAUUCUCCAUGGUGACCUAGAAAAACUUUCAAAUGGAGUUGCCAUGGAGCAGACUACACAUCCAAUUGAAGCACUUCAGACCUCACCUCUGUCAUCGUCAACAAGAAGUUUCAAAGAUAAUCAGGAGGAGAAUCAUUAUGAUUAUGGUGACCCAGAAAAACUUUCAAAUGGAGUUGCCAUGGAGCAGACUACACAUCCAAUUGAAGCACUUCAGACCUCACCUCUGUCAUCGUCAACAAGAAGUUUCAAAGAUAAUCAGGAGGAGAAUCAUUAUGAUUAUGCUCUUCAAAUGCAACACCUCAAUCAAAAACUUCUGAAGGAUGAAGCUUGUAUAGGAUCUCAACAAAAUAUUGAUCAGCAUGACAUAAGUUGCCUUGAUGAAAAAUGGGUUUCAGAUGGAAAUGUCAAUUUGUCCUACAAUCAUAAGACUCAAAUUGCUGCUAGUGGUAUCGCAGCCUUCGCUAGAAGAAAUCCUAAACCAGAAAGAUCCAUGCUUAAGCAAGUUGAAAAUUCCACAAGGGACAAAAACUUGCAAAACAAAAACACAUAUAAGAAGGAAAGCAUGCCAACUUCAAAAUUGAAGAUUUCUUCUUCGGCUAAAAAUAAUCUUAAUUUGAGCUGCAAGAGAAAGUCGGAGCUGAAGCCAUCUAAUGGACUAAAUCCAGUUCAAGGGAAAAUUAGCAAGGCAGAAAACACUGCUCGUUCAAAAAAUGCCGCUGCUGAUAAACUCUUGAGCAAAUAUAAGUCUACUUCAGAUUCUUCCUGUAAACCUCUUACAGAAGGACGAUCCAAGAUUACUAUUCCUCGCCCCUUUUCAUUUGCCACAGAAAAACGAGCUGCAGCAUCUUCUAGUCUUAAAGAUGACACACCGAGAUUGAUUUCAAAUGCUUCAAAUAGAACAGCCCCAUCUCUAAGUCAUGAAAAGGGCAUCACAAUUGUCCCGAGUACUACAGGAACAGCUACCAUAGAUAAUGGUGUGAAAGGCAGAGUACUUGAGAACAAAAGGUCAAUUAACCUUCCUCGAGGGAACAAGACUAAUCGAUGUAGUGAAAGUGAAAAUCAAUCCUAUUGUGUUGCCAGAGGAAAUAGGAAAGAGGAGGGAAAGGAUAGAGCAAAUUUGAUGUCAAAGAUUCACAGGCUUAGUUCAACAAAUGCAGACUCUAUUUUGAUCACAAAUCCCAAGGAAGAAAAUAGAAAGAUAAUUAAGUCGCAGAUCAGUAAUCGGUCACUUCAUACUAGCAAGUCAAAGAGUAAUGAUGCAUCACUCGAUGCAAAGAAGCCAAGGCAAGUGAUGCCACGCUGGAGAUAAAUCAAAUCUCAUAUCGAGAUUCCUACAUGAGAAGCACCGAACGACCACGAAAAGUUUAUCCACUACUCAUCCACUUGUGCAGAAGCUGCAUAUGAGCAGCGUCUAAGUGCGAUCUCAGUCAUUUACGUACACACAAAAAGUAUACAUAGUUGUUAGCUAUAUUACAGACAAUUACUUUCUUGUUCCAUAAAAUUGUCAUGUAUAUGCUACGUUUUAGGAUACACAGGAUGUUGCUUCUCAAGCAGCACCCUUCAAAACUUCAAUUUUAGUGGAACUCUCCUGAUGUAUCUUUCGGAGACCAAUAAGAUCGGGUUCAUAGGUUCUAAAAUGUCUUUAUUUUAUUUCGAGUUGCAGUAAUUCCAUGGAACAUGUUAAGUUUGUGCAGCAAUAGCAAGCCAUAGUUGUUUAAA